AUGGCGAGAAGAGAGGCAGAGGUGAAUGACGUCGGGGACCUUGAGCCGAUCAAGUUGGAAUGGACGCCCAAGGCGGUGCCACCAGAGAAGCUUGACCGGGGAGCUCCACGGCCGCCAACACCCGAUUUUCUGAAAAACCUGAACUUUGAGACGGUUGGCGGCGGCGGUGUGAGUAGGAUCGCGAAAACCGACGCUUCGAACUUCAUGCGGCUGCUCGAGUUGAACAUGGGCUACACAAUGAAAGAGCUGGAUCAGAGAAAACGCGCUUUGGUGCUUUUGUUGCACCCCGACAAAGCCAGCACCCUUGCGCAGGAUGCAGCUUUGGAGGCGCAGGCUCGACGCGCCUACGAUGCCGUGUGCAACGCGUACGAGGCGGCCAAGAACCAGCUGUCGUGGCAAAGCCCAGCGCCGAGCGGUCCCCAUGCCGGCCCGCCUCGCACGCACCCGCCUCCAUCGCAGAGCUUCAGAUACAGAUGCGCGCACUUGGGAUGUUCCUACUUCGUCACCAUAGGAGAAUUCGGGGGAUUCUGUUGCAAGAAGUGCCAUGCAGCCUUCGUCCAUGGAACCCCGAGCCAGCAUGGCACCAGAUGCCACCGACGCAUCGCUGAGAACAGCGUCCCCAGAGCAGACCCGGUCGCUCCGGCGCAUCCGUUGGACGGCUCCUUCCGCCACGGCUCGGCAGUUGCCGGUGCCCAGAGCGGGCGCUGGGAGCUCCAGGAGUCAAGCCUCAGACUACAGUGGAGUGGCGGGGAUCCUGGCACCACGGUUCUCCGAUUCGUGGGCCAGCAGCGCUAUUCCUCGGAUGGGAUCGCAAUGGAGCUGGUGGCCGGGAAGCCGCUCCUUAGAGCGACCGGGGCGCAACAGGUGCCAGGAGUCUCGCCGAAGGAAGAGCAGGGAGAGCCACGUCGCGUGAAGCCGCGGGCACUUCUCUUCUCCUCAGUAGGCAACCAAUGUCUGUCCGUGGUGGAGACGUGGUUGCGAGAGCCGGAGGGCCUCGACUUCGAUGUGGCGCUGGUGUUCUACAAGGAAUCCUCAGCGCCAGUGCUCGACACACUGCGGCAAUGGGAGCGCUUCCCAGGCGUGCAGGUGUUUCAGCAUCAGGGCAUGAAGUGGCCGAACUUCCGGUGGUGGCUGGAGGGCCAAGGUGGUGCUGCCGCCGUGGCGGCCAAAUACGACUACAUCUGGGUAGUGGAUGAUGAUGUCCGUCUUCCCACCCAUGAGAUCGCCAAGAUGUUUGACAUACUGCGUGAGCACAGCAAGAUCGAGGUCGCGUGCCCUUCUUUCGACAAGGGAAGCGAUGGUGUGUGGCGCUUUUUCGAUGGGCAUGAUCCGCGUUUCAAGCUUCGCUAUACCAACUUCGUUGAGUGCACUGCGCCAAUCCUGAAGAGCACAAUGCUCCAGAAUCCACGGUUCCAGCCAUGCUUGCGAGCUGUUCGAACAGGCUGCUUCAUUGACUUUUGCUUCCAUCCCGCAGCUGGUGGGGGUGUGGAUGUCGUGGCAGUCAUUGAUGCCGUGCAAUGCCAUCAUCCUCCGAGGACAGCAGAUCACCCCAGUGAAAUGCGGCAGGUGCAGGCUUGGCACGACCACAAGAACGACGAUGUUCUCUUCGAGAAGGAGGGCGUGCCCAAGGAAUGGUGGUCCAUCGAGCCACGAUUCUUUCAACCGAAAGUGCUAGGUGCCAUUCCAGCGACACCAUAG